AAGUCUCCAAGGCAAUCAGUUUUUAAACCUCUUUCACCAUGGAAGCCCUAGUCUUCCUGUUUGCCAUUUUGGCAGUGCUGGCUCCAACCACUGCAGAAAACUGUAUGGUAAUUAUUCGAACCGACAUUCCUGCUCGGGAUCCAGUGUACCUUAAAGUAGUCAAUGGCCAGGCAGAUCUUUGGGCACCAAAUGGUCCGGCCCUGAUUUGGAACUCGACUAAUGAGGUGACUGCACUGCUUUGCUCCGGAAGUAAUAAUGCGUUGGUGGCAACGGAUAUGGCUACGAGUCACAAGACGUGCAUUGAGAGAACUACCUUCAACGUCGAGGGAGUACAUGCUACCUCACAGGAACUGCAGUGCCGUAAUCAGAUCACCGGAGAUACAAUCAACACUGGACAAUCUUGUGGCGGACGUGGUACAUUGCUAUACUUAGGAUUCAACUCGCAAGUUUACGGUUUCAUUCCGUACAUUCAUUCGUGCAUGGACAUGCAACGUGCUUCUCUUUUGUGGACCAGGCACAUUCUUCCCGGUGCUGCUGUUGCUGGUGCGAUGAUUGAGUCUUCUCGUCCAGCGUUUAAGGUAGCAGGAAUGCCGGCUCAUGUACGACCGGCUACUUCGUACACUCAGGCUUCCCAGUUGACCCGAUUAACGGAGCUUUUGGGAUCAGUGGAGCAAGCUGCGAAGUUUGUGUUUACAAAUUCAUUCAUGGCCAGAGGGCACAUGUCUCCCGACGCGGAUGGAACAUAUAGGAGUUGGCAGUUCACUACGUACUUUUUCACUAACGUUGUUCCGAAGUGGCAGGUGGUCAACAAUGGAAACUGGGCCCGCGUAGAACGAGUAACACGCGAUACAGCUCUAAACCUACAUGAGGACCUUGUGAUUAUCCAAGGCACGGAUGGCAUACUAACCCUGCCGCACGAAGAUGGAAGACAAAUUCCUAUCACGCUGGAAGAUGGAGGUAUUGAGGCACCCCAAUGGCUAUGGAAGAUUAUCAAAUCUCCAAAGCUGGACGCAGGGAUUGCAUUUGUUACGUCAAACAAUCCCUUCAAAACGGACAUUCAUCCGCUGGAUUUCAUAUGCACUGACAUAUGCAGCCAAACAGGGUGGGCACAGGACGAGUAUGCCGAUUUUGCUCGUGGUUAUACGUAUUGCUGUGAUCCGAACGAACUUAUUGCUAACGUGCCUACCGCAUCCGCAGAGGGUCGUGUGGGAAGAGUUUUACUGACGACUAUGUUGUAAAUAUUAAAUUGACGAAAUAAUCAAUGAUAUGU